AUGUUCAAUAGGACAAAAUCAAAGAAUUUCAGAGUCGAAGUGCUUGUACCCUCCUCGAGACGAAAGGCAAGGAUGGCGAAGCAUCCGGAUUUCCGUAAAAGGCCUCGAGUUACUCGCAUGACCUUCCUACCUCUCUCUUCGUUCAAUGAACACAUUCAGACCGCAGUUUGA